AUGGAGUUUCUUACUAUUCCUGGAGACUCUUGCUUCACGUCUGCGGACGCGAAGAAGUUGAAGAAGGCAAUCAACAAUUCAGAUCCAGGCGCACUUGUUACAAAGGUUCGCGGAUAUUGGGUGCAUUAUGUGCAUUUCAAAACUGGCGACGCGUCGGCAUUGAAGAACGUAGAAGCGAAACUCAGACAAUUGCUGCCAGGCUCAGAUUCGGAUUCGAGCGAAGUUCUAAGCAAGCCCGGAAGCCAGACACUAGUCUACCACAUUACGCCGCGGAACAUAUCGCCAUGGAGUUCAAAGGCUACAAGCAUUGCACACGUCUGCGGGUUGAAGGCAGGGCUAAAUAGGAUAGAGAGAGGCCGAGUUAUUCUGUUGAAUGUGGAACAAAAUGGAGAGAAGUCAGAUUCGAAAAACAUACCAUUCCGGGAUGAGCUUUAUGACAGAAUGACCGAGAACUUCGAAUUAUCUCCUCCAGAGAUGCGUACUAUGUUCGCAGAAGACCAACCAUUCCCGCUGGAGGUGAUUGCUCUGGGAAAUGAGGAUUCCGCUAGGUUGGAGACGUUGAAGGGAUACAAUAAACUGCGGGGUCUUGCCCUAGACCAACCUGAGAUGGAAUACCUUGUUCAAGCUUACAAACAGCUCGGAAGAGAUCCUCACGAUAUCGAAUUGUUCAUGUUUGCUCAAGUAAACUCAGAACAUUGCAGACACAAGCAGUUUAACGCCAACUGGACUAUAGACGGUAUUCCCAUGGGCAAAUCAUUAUUCGAAAUGAUCCAGAACACUCACAAAUUAAACCCAAAAUACACAGUCUCAGCAUACAGCGACAAUGCUGCUGUGUUAGAGGGAGAGAUUGCCAGCUUUUGGGCGCCUGACUAUUCUACCGGCAGUUGGAAACAAACAAAAGAGAAAGUUCACUUCUUGAUCAAGGUCGAGACACAUAAUCACCCCACCGCUAUUUCCCCAUUUCCAGGUGCGGCGACUGGGUCUGGUGGUGAAAUUAGAGAUGAAGGUGCUGUCGGACGAGGCUCUACCCCCAAAGCCGGACUUUGCGGAUUCUGGGUUUCAGACCUCUUGAUUCCUGACCACAAACAACCGUGGGAGAUGGAUUUUGGCAAGCCAGCUCAUUACGCUAGCAGUUUGGACAUUAUGCUGGAAGCCCCAAUUGGUAGUGCAAGAUUCAACAACGAGUUCGGCCGGCCUUGUUUGACUGGCUGUUUCCGCACUCUCCUCGCUGACGUCGAUGUUGGAGUUGAUGGUCGCGACAUCAGAGGGUAUCACAAGCCAAUUAUGAUUGCAGGUGGAGUCGGUACUGUUAGACCCCAACACGCUCUCAAAGAUGGACGAGAUGUCAAAGAACAGGCACAUGUCAUCGUUCUCGGAGGCCCGGCUAUGUUGAUCGGUCUUGGAGGCGGCGCAGCAUCAAGUACUGCCUCCGGAGAAGGUUCUGUCGAAUUGGAUUUUGAUAGUGUCCAAAGAGGUAAUCCAGAGAUGGAGCGUCGCGCUCAGAUGGUCAUCAACGCAUGUGUGGCUUUAGGCGAUAACAACCCCAUUGCCUUUAUUCACGAUGUCGGCGCGGGUGGUCUGUCAAACGCUCUGCCUGAGCUCGUUAAGGAUGCUGGAUUCGGCGGCAAAUUCGAGUUGAGACAAGUCGAGAAUGCAGACAGAAGCAUGAGUCCCCUUCAAAUCUGGUGUUGUGAGGCGCAGGAACGGUAUGUUAUGAUUGUCAACAAGGAAAACAUGAACCGUUUCGUUAGCAUUGCAAACCGGGAACGUUGUGGGUUCUCUGAUGUUGGCACAGUAGUUGCCAUGGAUUCAAAUGGCCAUGGAAGUCUUGUUCUUACCGAUCGAGAGUCAAACAUUUAUCCUCGACCUAUCGAUCUGCCCAUGUCACUUCUUUUCCCCAAGGGCCGGAAAUUGGAUCGAGUUGUCAAGUCAAGAAAGCCAGUUAUGACGCCGUUUGAUGGUCAAAAAGCUCUCACCGAGGCAUAUCCACAAUUUCCCGAACACGAUCUGCUGAGAAAAGCUGUCGAGCGUGUUUUUAAUUUACCAGCUGUUGGAUCCAAAUCUUUCCUAAUCACUAUUGGAGAUCGCACAGUUGGCGGGAUGACUGUCAGAGAUCAGAUGGUUGGUCCAUGGCAGACACCAGUUGCGGAUGUCGCCGUGACAGUCACAACUCUGAACAUGGGUGACAAGAUCAAGACUGGUGAGGCUAUGAGCAUGGGUGAGAAACCAACUCUAGCGCUCAUUUCGCCGGCUGCCUCAGCCAGAAUGGCCGUCGCGGAAAGUUUGAUGAACUUGGCUGCUGCACAUAUCCUUCGUGCCAGUGAAGGAGACUUAGCCCGCGUCAAGUUAUCUGCCAACUGGAUGGCUGCAGUCAAUCACCCGGGUGAGGGUGCUGCCUUAUAUGAGGCAGUACAUGCCAUUGGCAUGGAGUUGUGCCCAAGCUUGGGUAUCAGCAUCCCUGUUGGGAAAGAUUCUACUUCAAUGAAAGCAUCUUGGAAAGAUCAGAAGAGCGGUGAUGCCAAGAGCGUCACAGCUCCUAUGACAGUUGUUAUUUCCGCUUUCGCUCCAGUCGCAGACGUCCGAAACACUUGGACUCCAGCCCUUCGAAGACUUGAGGAUGUGGGAGAAACGGUGCUCAUGUAUGUUGAUCUUGCCCAAGGCCACAAAGCCUUAGGUGGAUCAGCACUUGCCCAAUCAUUCAGUCAACUUGGAGAUAAGGUACCAGAUGUAAGAGACCCCGAUCUGAUUCGGGAUUAUUUCGACGCGAUUGUUCAGAUGCACGAGCUUGGCGUUGUGCUCGCUUACCACGAUAUUUCUGAUGGCGGUUUGAUCACUGCCGUCGCCGAGAUGAUGUUCGCUGGUCGGUGUGGCGCCGAGAUCAUGAUUGAUGCCUUCACGGACAGCCCCUCCCUAUCUCAUGUUUUGGAAUCUCUCUUCAACGAAGAGUUGGGUGCAGUUUUCCAAGUUCGCAAAUCCGAUGAAACCAGAUUUAGAAGUUGUUUCUCGACUUGCGGUCCUCCAGCCGGUAUGGUAAGGAAGAUCGGCCGUGUGCCUGUUGUUGCGAAACAAGAACUCUCUAUUCGAUAUGGCCAGCAAUCAAUUCUUCACAUGCGACGGUCUGAAAUGCAACAGAUGUGGUCCAACACAUCUUAUCAGAUGCAGAGAAUCAGAGACAAUGUCGACUGCGCAGAGUCAGAGUUCGAGACAAUCAAGAAUGACCGAGAUCCAGGUUUACACUAUAAGUUGACCUUCGAUCCUAAAGAGAACAUUAUGCCACUUACCUCUUCAAUAACUUCCGUCUUUGCAAAGGUGCCUCGAGUGGCCAUUCUUCGAGAACAAGGUGUCAAUGGCCACGCGGAGAUGGCUUUCGCAUUCAAAGUCGCCGGCUUCGAUCCGAUCGACAUCCACAUGACUGAUAUCAUUUCCGGAAGAACCCUAUCAGACUUCGUCGGUAUUGCAGCCUGCGGUGGAUUCUCAUACGGUGAUGUCCUCGGCGCUGGACAAGGAUGGGCCAAGUCAAUUCUCAUGCACGAGGAGAACGCACGGCCAGAGUUCCAGAAAUUCUUUGCACGCCCGGAUACGUUUGCUCUCGGAGUUUGUAACGGCUGCCAGAUGCUAUCUCGUAUAUCGGAGCUCAUCCCCGGCACGAAACAUUGGCCCACAUUCCUCCAAAACGAGAGUGAACAGUUUGAAGGCCGCGUCUCGAUGGUCAAGAUCCAGGAUAACAAGAAGAAUCCAUCGGUAUUCUUGCAUGGCAUGGAUGGAUCCUCUCUUCCUAUCGUGGUGUCUCAUGGCGAAGGUCGUGCAUCGUUCAAGCACGUUUCUGAUCUCGAGGCUAUGAACGAGCAUGGAUUGAUUCCAAUCCGCUACACAGACAAUCUUGGUAACGUCACGACUCGCUACCCUUACAAUGCCAACGGCAGUCCUGAGGGAAUUGCCGGCGUGAGGAGUCUGGACGGUAGAGUCUUGGCUAUGAUGCCGCAUCCCGAGCGGACCAUCAUGGCGGACGUUGGCUCGUACAAUCCUAAACAGCUGGUGGACCAGUGGGGAGAGUUCGGUCCUUGGGUGAGAAUGUUCAAGAGCGCGAGAAGAUGGGUCGGAUAA